AUGAAAGAAAAAUAUGCCAUUAGCUUAGGAUUACCAAUAAGCCAGAAUGCCACUUGCGAAAUCACCAUCGGCAGUGGGAACCAAGUGACGACUACGGGAACUGCAACUGUGCCAUUCCGGCUCAGCAGCGAAAACGAGGUGCACAACCUUGAAUUCCAGCUUCUCCCCAACUGCAUCCACGAUGUGAUCAUUGGGAAGCCAUUUUUGAAGCUCACUCGGACGUUCUCAAACGUUGUCAAUUUCUAUCGUCGUGUGAAAAAAAGAUUCGCCAAAGGUAUCUCGCAGUUCCAUCUGUUAUACCUUGGGGCAUCUACCCCAAUGUUUGAGGGGUCGAUUAAUGGUCAGGCUUACGCACGAAGUAUUGGGGUGCACAUUCACACUAGACAUGAGUAUCAGACAAGACUGAAAUUUGCUGAUAAUUCGGUCACUGAGACGGCCGCGCAGCGUCUCCGCGAGAUCACAGACCCAACCACCUCCCCCUCUGCUAUUAAGGAAGAGAAUCCAUACCACCAUCUUCGCAUCACAGUUACCAGUGGUGGAUGCCAUGGUUUCCAAUAUAUGAUGUCCCUAGAGGGGGCUUCCAAAAUUGACCCGGAAGAGGAUACUGUGUUUGAAGCAGAAGCAGACGAAGCCACAACACAGUCACCUGGCGAGGCCAAGAUCGUUAUGGAUGAGCCCUCACUCGAGCUGUUGCACGGCAGCACCGUGGACUAUACUACCGAAUUGAUUGGGAGCCAGUUCAAGAUUGUGGACAACCCCCGUGCAACAAGUAACUGCGGUUGCGGGACAAGUUUCGAUGUCAGUGAUUGA